AUGUGUGCGGACCUUUCCCGCCACGCGGAUGUUGAUGGUGUGUUCAUUCUUUCAGGUCCGAUCCCGGUGUUCAUGGGUAACGUUACUGGUAACAUCUACGUGCCGUUCGACUUCCGAUACGUGGUGCAAAACUUCUCUUCCGACUCGUACAACAUCACCAUCCCUCCGGGUGUGCAGACCUCCUUCUCCUUCCACUUCACGCCAGAGAGGUACCUUCAGCCGCGCGACUUCGGGCUGGCCCUCGCUGCAUUUUACAUCGUGGGCGACUCUCUCCACGCGUCUCUCCUCAUCAACCGCACAGUGGAGGUGCUGGAGCCGGUGGGGUACGUGAGCGGCGAGUCGGUGUUCCUCGUGCUGCUCGCCGCAGGGUUGCUCGCGCUGCUGGGCGUGUGGGCGUACGGGCAGGUCACCAAGAUGAACCAGGCUGCCAAGAUGAACCACGUUCGGUUGGAAGGGGUGAUGUGUGGGAUGUUAGGAUAUGUGAAGCUGGCAUGGGGGGAUUGGGGAGUGGGUGGGUGGAAGAGCCGGAGUGAUGGAUGGGUAUGUGGUCAGUGUGUGGUCGUACGGGCAUGUCGCCACGACGAACCAUCGCCGAUGUAA